AUGUUUGAUUUCAUCAAUAGAUAUGUUGGAGAAGUAACAAAUGCCAGUGCCUCCGAAAAUACAGAAGCAACUUUGAGUGAGACUGGGUCAACACCACCUCCUGAGGAAUCUAGUGAUGAAGAAAGUGACGUAGUUAGUCACACUAUGGAUUGGGGUUUCCUUGAUUAUGUUGAGCACUUAUUAAUGUUGUCUAGAUCCGAUGAAGGAGAAGACAUAGAAAUUAGGAAAACUAAAGUUAUUCAGAAUUCUUGGUCUUCUAUUGACAAUAGAGCUAUAUCUCUACACAAAGCAUUGUUAAUUAAAGCUGAUAAACUAUAUAAACAAGAUCUGGCUGCACUCAAUCUAAUUAAACGUCAAGACUCCAGAAGAGAACUUGAGAAAAACUACCAUCAGUCUCUACUAAAGAUUUUGCUGCUCAAUAACAACAAAUUUACAGCGAAGAAUGUUGAAAAGAUUGAUAUUCAAGCAAUUCUAAAGAUGACUCCUGAAGAAUGCAAACUUCAUCAGGAAUCAGUCUCUAAAGAAACUCCCAUAACUGAUUACGAAAGACUCAUAAUGGAGUUCUCCCUAGACAAUUAA